UGCUGAGUUCUUCACAAUCUGAUCCUUGUGAGAGAAGAGUUGAGAAAGGGGAAAUAUGGAUGAGAAAAACAUAAGCCAUGGACUGGAAUCCCCACUUAUUCCAGUCUCAUCAGGAGUUCAGGGAUCCAGUACAAAGCAUUCCGAUUUCUUGGCAGAAGUGAAGAAGCUCUUGGCACUAGCAGGGCCUCUGAUCUUGGUCAACUUCUUGAUAUUUGCUUUGCAGAAUGGGAUGUCUGGUGCAUUGGACACAUUCUGCGGUCAGUCCUAUGGAGCAAAACACUAUCGAAUGCUGGGAAUUCAUAUGCAGAGAGCUAUGGUCGUCCUUUUACUUACCUGCAUCCCUCUUACAUGUAUUUGGGCAAAUACAGGGCGUAUUCUUGCGUUUGUGGGGCAAGAUCCUGAAAUAUCAUUUGAAGCUGAAGUGUAUGCCCGCUUUCUGAUACCAGGCAUCUUUGCUGUUGCGCUCCUAUACUGCCAAAUCCGAUUUCUGCAAGCCCAAAAUAAUGUCUUUCCUAUGAUGUUUACUACUGGAAUUAUAACAUUAGUUCAUUUACUCAUGUGUUGGCUUCUCGUAUUUAAAUCAGGCCUCGGAAGCAGAGGUGCUGCUCUGGCUAGCUCCGUUUCGUAUUGGAUCAAUGUGUUGUUGUUAGCGUUGUAUAUUAGGUUAUCUCCUUCCUGUAAAAUGACUUGGACUGGAUUUUCCAAGGAAGCAUUUCAUCAUAUCUGGAAAUUUCUUACACUGGCAAUUCCUUCUGCUAUAAUGACCUGCCUAGAGAUUUGGUCAUUUGAAAUGAUGGUUUUGCUGUCUGGUCUUCUUCCAAAUCCAAAGCUAGAAACAUCAGUUCUUUCCAUCAGCCUUAACACAUGUAGCAUGAUUUACAUGAUGCCGCUAGGACUUGGUGGUGCCAUCAGUACAAGAGUCUCAAAUGAACUCGGGGCUGGUAGGCCAUAUGAAGCUCGUUUAGCAGCAUGCAUUGGACUUUUGGUUGUUUUGACGGAAGGUGUUUUGGCAUCAACAUCCCUCAUCCUUUUGCGCAAAGUAUGGGGCUACUGCAAUAGCACAGAAGAAAAGGUAGUGAGAUAUGUAGCAGAUAUGAUGCUUUUGCUUGCAGGAUCACAUAUUCUAGAGGGCAUUCAAACCGUACUUUCAGGCACUGCAAGAGGAUGUGGCUGGCAAAGGGUAGGUGCAAUCAUCAAUUUGGGAGCUUAUUAUUUGUUGGGAAUACCUUCUGCUAUACUGUUAGCAUUUGUCUAUCAUGUUGGAGGAAAGGGGCUUUGGAUUGGCAUUAUUGUGGCGCUUGCUGCACAAGCAUCACUUCUUGGAAUAAUAACUGUGCGAAUGAAUUGGGAGAAAGAGGCAAAGAAGGUUGCUGAUAGGGUGUCUGGCAAAGUGAAUCCCAGAGAAGCAUCAUAGUAUGGAAAAAGGAAACAACGGAUCAACUGAUCUCAAAGAAAAUCAAGAGCUUUGACAUCCUAAUUUUGUUAAAUUUGCCUGUCUUGCAGGGCAUGUAGCAGUUUUUAACCUUUUUUCAGAGUUCAAUUUACAGCUACACUUUCUGUAACACAUCUAUUAGCCAACUUUCUGUGC